CAUUACAAGGUUGGGGGCACCGACGGCGACACUGGCCCCUCCCAACCGCCAUGCUCCUCACCCACAUCGGACGCUCUUUAGCCACUUCCCCCUCUCUCUUCCUCUCCCUUUCCUCCUCUUCUCGUUAUCAUCGUCGGGCGGCGAUGGCGGUGAAUUUCUCUGGCGGCGGCGGGGGGAGGGCGACGCUGAGGGGCGUGGUGUUCGACAUGGACGGGACGCUGACGGUGCCGGUGAUUGACUUCGCGGCCAUGUACAGGGCGGUGCUCGGGGACGAGGGCUUGGCCGCCGCCCGCGCCGCCAGCCCCUCGGGCAGCGUUGACGUCCUCCACCACAUCGAGAAGUGGGCCCCGCCGGAGCAGCAGAAAGCCUACGAGAUCAUCACCCAUUUCGAGCGCCAGGGCCUGGAUCGCCUCCAGAUUAUGCCUGGUGCCACUGAACUUUGUGAAUAUCUUGAUUCCAAGAAAAUUAGGUGAAGUAUCAAUUUUAUUAUGUUUCUUUUCUU